ACAACCCAGCCGAGAGGGGGGGCAGCGUGUGCGUAAAGAAAAGACCUGACGUCACGUGACCGCCUCUUACUCCCGAGCUCAUCCUUUGAGGAAUAACGCCACAUAUUUGUCUGCACGGCGCCGGAUCUGUCUGUUUUCGUGCAGAUUGAAUCAUAGGAUGCAAUUUAAAGGACCGGGGCGACUCUAGUUACCCGCUCGGACUGAACUGGAGGCGAGUUUGGCUUCUCAAGGCAGCCCAGAUUGAAGCCCGUGACCUGUUUGCAAGAGGGGGACAACACUGAGUGGUGAUCAUGGCAGAAAACAACUUCCCUCCCCUGCCUCGAUUCAUCCCCCUGAAGCCAUGUUUUUACCAAGACUUCAAUGAGAUCCCAGACCAGCGUCGCACCAUGUGCAAGAGGCUUUACUAUCUCUGGAUCUUGAACAGCGCCACAUUAGCCGUUAAUCUGAUCGGCUGUCUGGCCUGGAUGUGUGGCGGCGGCGGAGCCACCAACUUCGGCAUGGCCAUCCUGUGGCUCAUCCUCUUCACCCCCUGUUCGUACGUGUGCUGGUUCAGGCCCAUCUACAAGGCUUUCAAGACCGACAGCUCUUUCAACUUCAUGGCUUUCUUCUUCGUCUUCAUGGCCCAGGUGGUGAUCAGUAUUAUCCAGACUGUUGGCAUUCCAGGUUGGGGAGUGUGCGGCUGGCUGGCCACCAUCACCUUCUUCAGCACCAACAUCGGCUCGGCUGUGGUCAUGCUGAUUCCCACCGUCAUGUUCACUGCCGUGGCAGUGCUCUCCUUCAUCGCCCUCACAAAGGUCCACAACUUCUACCGCGGCAGCGGCGGCAGCCUGGGUAAGGCCCAGGAGGAGUGGGCCACGGGGGCCUGGAAGAACCCGCACGUCCAGCAGGCGGCCCAGCAGGCGGCCAUGGGCGCGGCGCAGGGGGCCAUGCAGCAGAACCAGUACUCGGCGGCUCCCACCUACAACUACGACGACCCGAUGUAGGGCAGACGGCGGAGUGGGAGAGCUAAAAAAGGGAUCAAUUGAGAGCGGAAUUCAGAAUUAGGUGCCCUUCAUUAAAACACUGUACAAGCUGAAUUCAAUCAGAACAAAAGUCAUGCGUUAGAUGGAAAUGUACAUUUACCGUAUUUUGACACACGUGGGAUUCAUUGAUUUCAUUCAGUUUAAUUUUUUUUUUUUCAAUCAGCAGACGGUUUUCAAACAGCUGCUGUUCAUGCUGUUUUGUGCUGUUCAGUUGUGCGACUGUUGCUUUCAGAAACACCUAUUUAUAUCUCAAACCAAUCCUCUCAACUCCAUGGGUUUAUUUAUUGAGGCUCGUCUGUCUUCUUUCAGGUACUGGAACAGCUAAAUUGUAACGAGUGUUUACUUUUUCAGCCUUACAGGUCACCAAAUGCUCAACAAAUGUGUUUCUCAGCUGAUGUUUUGUGCUGUUUUACUCCCUCACAUAUUUAAAAUGUCCAGAUCCUCCGUCUGUGAGACAGUUUGACAGUUUCAUCCAGAUUAAUGUUUUUACUUUUUGGCGCGAGUGAAGGUCUUUACAUACGCAGCGGGACUUGAAGUACAUGCAAAAGCAUAUUUGUCUUUUACACAUAUGCAACAUCUUCUUAUGAAUUUGUGCUUUUAAGACAUUUAUUUUCACAGGAGACUAAACGUUUGAAAUAUUUUGCCCCUGAAGUGAACACAUUGAACCAAAUCAGUGAGUGGGUUUGUUUAAUCUUGAUUCCAUUUCAAGGCAGUAUAACAAUAAAAAAUAUACAAAGAUAACUUGAAAAGAUGAAAUUAGAGAGGAAUGUAGCGUUUGUUUAAAGCUCAUUCUGUAACCUGCCGACACAUUUUCAGCAUAGACAUGAUGGUGGGACUGUUGGCACUCAGCAAGAAAGCAAAUAUUGCCAAACUGCUUUUUUUUUUGGGCCUUUUUUUCACCCUAAAAACAAAAAAAAGGCCAAAUGUGUACUUUAUUUCCUCAUGAACCAACAAUAUUGUUUUAGAAUUUUGUGUUUUUGACCAGUAGAGAACUACAGUCAGCUUUUAAAAAGUUUAAAACAUUUGUAGUUUUGGUUUUGGUGACCUGUUUUUUUCCUCCUUUCUUGAGCGACGUUUCGGUUUAAACGGUCUUUUUUACAUUCUCAGGAAAGAUGUGAUCGCUGUUUAUAAAUGUUACCUGUGAAGCCCUCAGAAAGCCAACAUGUCGGGUUUUCGUCUAUUUUAUUUUACCCAUCUAUGAUGUUCGUAUCUGGUCAGUGAAAUUGAUGUUUUCUGUGAUUUUUUUUAAUAUAUAUGUCAAAGUAAAGCACACACACUAUUUGAAGAUUGCAUUUUAUUGGAUAAACAUUCCAAAUCAGCGUUGUACAGGUCAAAAAUCGAUACCAAAACAGGUCGGACAUACAGUGAAUAGUAGUAAUACUUGUCGUAGGUGCUCAUAACAUUGUAUGCAGUGAUGGAUGUUUCCCCCCCUUUUUGGCAAAUCCUCCCACUUCCCCCCCCUCCUACAUGUAAAUGCUUGAAAUGACUACUUGUCUCUGAAGUUCUGGAUUUCAGGCCUUUAGUGCGUCAUUUUGUGGCUGUUGGUGUUAAUCUAUGACUUGGUGUAAUAUGAUACUUGUAUAAAAGAAAAAUAGAAUAUUAAAUUUAAGCUGAUUAUUUCUGGGACAGGUGUGUGUGUGAAGCCCCGACGGUGUUGACCUCGGCGAGCACGGCCUCGGGCCUGGCGUCACUUUCGAUUCCUCUUUGAGAACUUAUUCAACGUUCAUUAGGUGGUUAUUGCAGUAAAACAGUAUUAGACUUGAAACCGAUGUGAAGACUCGUAUGCUCGUUAUUUCAAACAAAAAAUGUGACUCGUCUUGUCUGAUUGUGAUGACGUGGUAUUCAAUAGGCUGUCGUUUUACUUUUUUUUUUGGUUUUUGUACCCAGAAUAUUUUCUUUUUCGUUGUAUUUGGGAUGAUGUGUGGAUGAAUCUGAAGCACAUGUUUGUUGUGUCUUUCCAUGGCUGUGAGUUCUUUUUUUUUUUAAUGUUUUUUUUUUUCUUUUUUCUAAACUGUAACAAGCGUUUGCGCUGGGAUACAUGCUGACAUCCGUGCAAACUAAAUUCACAGUGGAGCAAUACUAACAUAAAUAUAUUAAACAGAACAGUUACUCAAACUAAACUAACCAUACUUUAAUUAAUUUGUGAGCAGCCACAUCAACGCGGUCCGGUGAGCUGAUGGGGGGGGGUCAAAGGGGUCUUGUGACUCCGACUGUGGGGUCCUGUUGUGCAGGCUCAGUAAAUAGGAGAUCUUUAGGCCUGUUCACAAGCUGGAAACCGCCCGUAUGAUUUUACAACUGCGUUACAUUUUCACCAGCAGAGGCACAUACAGUAGAGACGAAGCAGAGCCCUGUAACCAGUGCCGUACGUCCCUCCGCUCACCUGGAGACAAAAUGCACAGCUCAUCAUUUCUGUUGAGUUCGAAAGUUUUUUGCACAUCAACAACAGACAUGCUCCGUCGAUCUCAACCUUGUACCAAAUGUACAUAUAGCGCACAGUUAGUGUGAAAACGUGAAACUCCAGCCGUGCCGUCGGACAGACGACACUCUGGAUUUCAUGUCGCUGUAUCAAAGCUUCCGAAAGCCAUUUCCCAUCCCCCGCCUCACACCCCCACACGUACUGUAUGUUGUUUGAAAUGUAUUAUCAUGUACUAUAUCAUAGCUAGAUAUGAAUAUAUAACAACUGGAGGUGAGGUCCACAUUUGCCAGGUGAACGAGGGGGCUGUGUCUCCGCGGGUGACGGAAAUGAGGAAUACAUUUUUGUGUAUUACUUUUGUAUUAUUUGGUCUUAUCCUAAUAGAUAUUAAAUAGUUCUUGUUGCA